AUGUAUACCCCUUCUCUCUACGCCGCCUUCUUGGCCGCUCUCACCUUCGACUCCGUCUCCGCCCACAUGGAGAUGUCUUGGCCUCCCCCGCUCCGGUCCAAGAAGAACCCCUUCGCCGGCAGCGACAUCGACUACAGCAUGACCACGCCUCUCAGCGCCUCAGGUAGCGACUAUCCUUGCAAGGGUACUCUGGGCCUCCUCGGCACUGCCGCCGCCGCUCCCGUGGCGAGCUGGCAGGCUGGUCAGACCUACAACUUGACCAUCGAGGGUGGUGCAAACCACAACGGCGGUAGCUGCCAGGGCCUCCUCUCCUUUCGACGGUGGCAAGACGUUCAAGGUCGUCAAGAGCUAUGUCGGCGGCUGAACCUCCCGACGGCACCUCAACUUAUGACUCACUUUGUCCCGACGACACUCCGGCUGCCGUCGACGCGCUGUUCGCCUGGACCUGGGUCAACCAGGUUGGCAACGCGAGAUUUCCCGAACCCGGGCGCCAGCGUUGCCAAGGCCAACUCAAAGACUGCGCCGCCUGUGGGCAGCUGUGGUAGCGCUGCUGGCGGCGGCGGCGGCGGUGAUACCGGCGCAUCUCCUGACCAGGGCAACGCCCCGAACCCUGGUGAUGGUGCUCCUCCCGCGAGCUCUCCGUCCAAGACUAGCGCAAACCCUGUGCCUACGACUCCCGCCACCGCACCCGAGCAGCCUGGAUCUGGCCCCGUCACCACUUCGACCACACUCCCUGGUGGCGUCUUCAUCCCUCAGCCCAGCCCCGAGGCACCAGAGGAGACUGUUAUCACCCCUCCCGCGGAGACUGGAACCGCCCCUCCUCCGGCAAAGCCUACCACCUUGGCAACUGUCACGACCACGGCCGGCACGGGUAGUGCUCCGAAGCCCACCUCGACUCCCGGAUCGGGUGCCGGCAACGGAACCAAUGCUGGGGUUCAAAAGCCAGGCGUCGCUUGCGCCAACGAGGGCCAAUGGAACUGUGUUGGAGGCAGCCAAUUCCAGCGAUGUGCUUCUGGCCUCUGGUCUGUGUUGAUGCAGAUGGCGCCUGGCACAUCCUGCGAGACGAGCAUCAGCGAGGCCCUCGUCAUGAUCAGGACGAGUAGCCGAGUUCGUCGCUUCGUCUCUCCUCGCUAUCUCGACGAAGGCUUGACCUCCCCUUCUCGACGUAACUCUUCUACCGCAGACAGCCGUCCUCCUCCACUGUCUUUGUUGAAGCAGCAGCGGCUGACGUACAUAUCGAUCACAACGAUGAUGGCAUGA